AUGAGGUUGAAUAUUGACGGAUUACUUGUGUACUUUCCAUAUGAUUACAUUUAUCCUGAGCAAUAUUUGUACAUGACAGAACUGAAGAAGACUUUAGAUGCCAAGGGACAUUGCAGCCUUGAGAUGCCUUCAGGAACAGGAAAAACUGUCUCUCUUCUUAGCCUUAUAACAGCUUAUAUGAAAGCAUAUCCACUGGAGGUAACAAAAUUAAUCUACUGCUCAAGAACUGUACCAGAAUUGGAAAAGGUGGUUGAGGAAUUAAAAACUUUAAUGCAGUACUAUGAAAGAGAGACAAAAGAAAAGGACAAUUUUCUAGGCCUUGCAUUAUCCUCUAGAAAGAAUUUAUGUAUUCAUCCUACGAUUAGUAAUGAACGUGAUGGUAAAAUUGUUGAUGCAAAGUGUCACUCUUUAACUGCAACACAUAUACGAACAAAGCACAAGUAUGACGAAACUGUUCCUAUUUGUAACUUUUAUGAGAAUUUUGAUGCUCAUGGUAGGGAGGUACCACUGGAGCCUGGUAUUUAUGGAAUUGAUGAACUCAAAGAUUAUGGAAGAAAGAAAGGCUACUGCCCUUAUUUUCUUGCUCGAUACACAAUUCUUCAUGCAAAUGUGAUAGUCUACAGUUAUUAUUAUCUACUUGAUCCCAAAAUUGCUGAUCUUGUAUCUAAAGAGUUGAACAAAAAAUCUGUUGUUGUAUUUGAUGAAGCACAUAAUAUUGACAAUGUGUGUAUAGAGUCUAUGAGUGUUACUAUCACACGGCGAACUUUAGACAAAUGUUGUAACAAUAUAGACACACUGAAAAGACAUGUACAAAAGCUUCGAGAAACAGAUGAGAAAACAUUGCAGUCUGAAUAUCAAAAACUUGUAGAUGGGCUACGAGAUGCAAACAUUGCUCGAGAAACUGAUGUAAUCCUCUCUAAUCCUGUUGUUCCUACUGAAAUUUUACAAGAAGCAGUUCCAGGAAACAUAAGAAAUGCUGAGCACUUUUUGUCUUUCUUCAAACGAUUUGUUGAGUUUCUUAAAACAAGACUUCGAAUACAUCAUGUUGUGUCUGAAAGCCCACCUUCUUUUCUCAAGGAUUGUCUUCAGAAAGUUUGUAUAGAACGAAAACCACUUAGAUUUUGCAGUGAGCGACUACGCAGUUUGUUGAAAACUUUAGAACUAACAGAUAUUGAUGACUUUUCUAACAUGAAUCUCAUUUCUAACUUUGCCACACUUGUCAGCACUUACACCAAAGGAUUUAUUAUAAUUGUUGAACCAUUUGAUGACCGAACACCUACAAUUCCAAAUCCAGUGAUGCAUUUCAGUUGUAUGGAUGCUUCCAUUGCCAUUAAACCUGUUUUUGAUCGUUUCCAGACUGUUGUUAUUACAUCAGGGACAUUAUCUCCUUUGGAAAUGUAUCCCAAAAUUCUUGAUUAUCGACCAGUUACUAUGGCAACAUUCUCAAUGACCUUAGCUCGACCUUGCAUUUUACCUGUUAUUGUAAGCAAAGGCAAUGAUCAAGUAGCCAUGAGUUCUAAAUUUGAAACCAGAGAAGAUAUAGCUGUUAUCCGAAACUAUGGGAACUUGUUAGUAGAGAUGGCCCAGGUCGUUCCAGAUGGUAUAGUUGGUUUUUUCACAAGUUAUUCCUACAUGGAAGCUAUUAUAGCUGCUUGGUAUGAGACUGGAAUAAUUGACAAUCUUCAAAAAUGUAAACUGCUGUUCAUUGAAACCCAAGAUGCUGCCGAGACGAGCCUGGCUUUAUAUAAUUUUCAAAGGGCUUGUGAAAAUGGACGUGGUGCUGUACUUUUAUCUGUAGCAAGAGGAAAAGUCUCAGAAGGAAUUGAUUUUGAUCAUCAUCUUGGGAGAGCUGUUAUCAUGUUUGGGAUGCCUUAUGUUUACACCCAAAGCAGAAUUUUAAGAGCUCGAUUGGAGUAUUUACGUGAAAAUUUCCAAAUUCGUGAGAAUGACUUCUUGACAUUCGAUGCCAUGAGACAUGCAGCUCAGUGUGUUGGCAGAGCUCUGCGAGGGAAGACUGAUUAUGGCAUUAUGCUUUUUGCUGAUAAGCGUUAUGCCCGUGUUGAUAAGCGUGGCAAACUUCCUUUGUGGAUCCAGGAACAUUUAAAAGACAGCCUCUGUAACUUGUCUACAGAUGAAGCAGUGCAGGUUUCAAAAUGGUUCCUGAGACAAAUGGCUCAACCUUUUCGAAAAGAAGAUCAGUUGGGAUUAUCUUUACUCACUUUGGAACAACUGGAAUCAGAAGAGAUGCAAAGGAAAUUGGAACAGCGUACGCAGUAUAUAUGA